AUGUUUUCAAUCUUUAAAAAUAUAAAAGACCGUGCAGAAACCUUUCUGAAGGAGAAGAACUGUAUAACAGAUUGUCUCAGCAAAUCUGAAGAUAAAACCGGAAUUAAGAAACGUUAUCUUGCAGUGGGUGCUGUCUCUAUAAUGGGACUGUAUUUAUUGUUUGGAUAUGGAGUCCUGCUCUGCAACUUGAUUGGCUUUGCCUAUCCUGUAUAUUUCUCUAUUAAGGCUAUUGAAAGUCCAAACAAAGAAGAGGACACGCAGUGGCUUACAUAUUGGGUUGUCUAUGGAUUCUUCGGCAUAUCAGAGUUCUUCUCUGACAUCUUUCUUUUCUGGUUCCCUUUUUACUAUGUAUUCAAAUGCCUGUUCUUGUUGUGGUGCAUGGCCCCGUUCUCCUGGAAUGGCUCUCGGGUGCUGUAUCUUCGCUUUGUGCGGCCGUUUUUCCUCAAGUAUGAGUCCGCUGUGGACAGCGUGUUUAGUGAUUUGAGUGGGAGGGCUGUUACAGCUGCAGAGAUGGUCACAAGAGAGGUUCUUCAGACUUUGGCAAAAAACAGGGCCAUUCACCCAGCUGAGCCACCUGCCAGAGAGCUCCCCAGUUCAGCUCCGGUAUGUCUCACUCAAAACACUGUGCAUUUCAUUUUCAUGAGCCACUGAAUUUCACAAAGCCCUGGUGCUUCUGUUUCUUGUUUGAAAGUUUCUGUUGUAGUAAGAAUAGUUGGUAAUCGGGGCUUUAAAUAUAAGUGGUUCGCUAUGUGUGGGCCAACAAUGUCAACGUCUCAACACCAGACCUUGGACAUUUGCGUUUCAAUUUAUAGAGAUCACACACAUACUGUAUGUUUGAUUCUUAUUAAUUUUUCAAUCAAGCAGGUAUAAAACAGCUACACAAGGAUUGUUAAACUACUGCACUUAACCAUUUGCUAAAUAAUAAAGGACAUUAUAUCAUAUAGCUAGUAGAAGAGUGGGUUUACCUGUUGCUAUUAUAGUAUCCAUCUGCUUGUGCAAUGGUGGUUUGCUUUUGAUUGACACAUCAGUGGUACUGUAUCCUCAUUAUGUGCCGUUUACACAGAUACUUGUUGAGAUGGUCAGUGAGGUCUUAGUUCCUCUUGAAUAAUCCAGAGAAUUUCACCUCAUUGUUCUUGUUCUUCAUGACUUAAAGCAUACCUGAUCAUACACAAAAUUACAUCAUCGAAGCAUUUAAUACGCAGUAAUAUGUAAAACCAGCUAAGUGUACUACAUACAGUUGCCAAACAAUUAAGAAGUAGGUUUUUAUAUAAAAGAAUGGCAUGGUGUGGUUUUUGUGUGGUUUUUCCUCAUCGCUUUCUUCAGUUUUAUUACUUGCGCCUCAGAGGAAAAGAUUAUUCAACAUCAAUAACACACAGGUGUGCAAACAAGGUGAAUAUAAAGUAAUGGUAUGCAAAUCAAAGACCUCAAAUCCAAAUCCGGUCCUGGAUGUUGUAAUCACUAGCAGUUUAUUAAAUGAUUAAUGUAACUGGUUGGCCACUUUUUCAUCAUACCUGACUCCUAGGUAAAGGGUGGGUGGACCUGUAGAACCUGGAGCUUGAGGACUGUGAUUUGAAUACCUUGGAUAUAGAGCAUGCUAUCAGUAGUGGUGCUAAGAGCUGUUUUUGCUUACUGGGAAGCAUUAGAGUCUUUGUCUGCAAAUAUGUACAUUAUCACUAAAUACCAACAAGGAUUACAUUUUGUUUUUGAUGUGGUGAUUUUGGCUCCUCUACCACAAAUAAAUUUACCUGCAAUAAUAAAAUAUGAAGGCUAAGAUCUUUCAAAAUCAGUGUUGGUGUGGCAUAAUGGCAUACAAGAAAUACUGUGCGUAAUGCAUACAUUUGUGUUUUUCUCUUUUGCUCUGUAACAGUCUUUUCAAGGUUUUGGUGGCACAUGUUUCAAAAUGUCUAAUAAACAAGUCUCUAAUCUU